UCAUUGUAUCUUUCGGAACCCUAAACUCUACUAUCUUUCUGUUAUUUCCCUCUAGACAAACUAGAAGAUCGGCGAGGCAAUAUGCCGGCCGGCGAUCGCACCGUUUUGCAGUUCAGUACGCAGUCCACAGCGAACCUAUCGGCGAAAGUUCACCCCCUCGUCAUCUUUAAUAUCUGCGAUUGCUAUGUCAGGCGUCCCGACCAAGCUGAGCGUGUAAUCGGCACGCUCCUCGGCUCUGUCCUCCCUGACGGCACCGUUGAUAUACGUAACUCGUAUGCUGUUCCUCACACCGAAUCUGCCGAACAGGUUGCUUUGGACAUCGAAUACCAUCAUAAUAUGCUAGUAUCCCAGCAAAAAGUGAAUCCAAAAGAAGUCAUUGUCGGAUGGUAUUCUACUGGUCUUGGGGUCACAGGAGGUAGUGCAUUGAUCCAUGAUUUUUAUUCCAGGGAAGUUCCUAACCCUGUUCAUCUGACAGUAGAUACGGGAUUUAGGAAUGGAGAGGGUACCAUAAAGGCUUAUGUUUCAGUCAAUUUAGCUCUUGGAGACCGACAACUUGCUGCUCAAUUCCAAGAAAUUCCUCUAGAUCUACGUAUGGUUGAAGCUGAACGACUUGGAUUUGACAUCCUCAAGACAACAUCGGUUGACAAAUUGCCAACUGAUCUGGAAGGAAUGGAAGUAACAAUGCAAAGACUGUUGGCUUUAAUAGAUGAUAUCUACAAAUAUGUUGAUGGUGUUGUGGAAGGGCAUGUUGCAGCGGAUAAUAGCAUUGGCAGAUUUAUAUCAGAUACUGUAGCAGCUUUACCUAAACUAUCGCCUCCUGCUUUUGAUAAGCUUGUAAAUGACAGUCUGCAGGAUCAGUUGCUGUUGUUAUACUUGUCGAGUAUUACUAGGACUCAACUUGGCUUAGCAGAAAAUUUGAACACAGCUGCUCAGAACCUGUGAAAAAAAAUUUGUUCGUAGGCCAAUCGUGCUAUGUUGAUUUUGGCUUUUAUACUCUUGGGAAGGUUAUAUUAUCUACGAUUGCCCAGUAGUUAAUGUAAGUUGUUUCUCCCUCUAUCAUUGAAGUCUGAAUUAAAUUUCCCUUUUACUUUAUUAUGAGAAAGAUUCACUUUUUAUUAA